UUUCCUAGUAUGUUUAGAAAAGAAAGAACCAGCGGCAAACGUAGAUUUCCUACUCCAGUGACAAAAGCUGUUGUAGCCCCCACAAAGCAUACUAGUCUGCAGUUUUACCUACUCCCAGCACCAACAGAUAGGACCCCACAAGGAUCUCAAGAACUUAAAUUGUUAAUGGCAGGGUUAGGUAAGCGCCAUAUUUCUUUACCUGAUAACAGCAACCAUGCAGAGAUUACAGCAUGUCUGGCAGUUGAGUAUCCUAAAUUGGAGAACUUAAUGGGUGGAUGGCUUUUAUACAAGGCGUCAGGUGGAAGUGGCCAGAGGAAAUUGACAGUGAUCCCACCAGAAUCAGAGGGAUACACAGCAAAGCUACUUAAGAGCUCAUCUAAUAAUGGAAGGCAUAUGCUUUUCAUUGUUCCACUUCAGGAUGAAAUCGAUAUUUCACCACUUCCUUUUGAUGCCCCAGAGUUCAGCAAAAUGCCAAAAUCACAGUGCAAGACAAGUGGUGAAACUUUGCCAUUACAAGCUCUGGCUUUGCAUGUAGAGUCGUGUAGAAAGCCAGACAGUGACCAAGAGGCAGAAGAAGAAUCAAGUGAUUGCUUGGAAGCAAGUACUCAGAUUGUCUCUUCCCCUGAAACAUCUAUUAAAAGUGAUCCCACCAAUAAAGAAGACCAAUCCGCCACAAGUAAAAGGUGCCCAAUAUGCCAAGUCAUGUUCCCUCCUGAUUAUAUCGAGAUUCAUGCCAGUGCUUGUGGAGAAAGGUUUGUACUGGAGCACAAAGAGUUUGCAUUCAACCAAUAUUGAUUAGUGUUAUUUCCAAAGUGGCUAUAUUUAUGCUGGUAUACAUUCUGCAUUUGGAUAUUUAUUUAUUUAUAAAUUUAUUGUGUUACUGGCAGUUGUGACCUAAUGGUUAGAGAGUCGGACUUGUAACCUGAGGGGCGCAGGUUUGAGACUCAGUAGCAGCAGGAAAUGUA